AUGAAUGAUACUCCAAGAGCCUACUAUAUACAUUGUUUUGCUCAUCAACUUCAACUAACACUAGUUGUCGUUACUAAAAGGAAUGAUAGUUGUGGUUGGCUUUUUGAAAUACUUGCAAACUUGUUGAAUGUUGUUGGAGUUUCUUGCAAGAGAAGAGAAAUGAUUCGUAAUAGUCAAGCUCAAGAAGUUGCUCAAGCAUUGGAAGUGGGGGAAAUUUUGAGUGGAUCGGGUUUGAAUCAAGAGCUUGGUUUGAAGAGGCCCGGAGAUACUCGUUGGGGAUCCCAUUACAAGUGUCUUGUAAAUGUCAUCCGUUUGUUUUCUACAAUUGUUAAGGUACUUGUUCACAUUGGGAAACAUGGUGCAUCGGAAGAUAAGUUUAAAGCUCAAAUUGCUUUAGGACAAUUAGAAAAGGAGCAAGAUAUUGUAAAUGCCAUGGAACUAGUUACUUUCACAAAAAGUGUGUUGCAAAAAAUGAGGGAACAAGGGUGGGAGACUCUCUUAGACAAGGUUACUUUAUUUUGCACUAAACAUGGCAUUGAUGUUCCCACUAUGGAUGCUCUUUAUGUUCCUCAAGGAAGAUCACGACGCUUUGUCGAAAAAGCAACAAAUCUACAUCAUUUUUGA